AUGGCCAUGCAAGUCGAAAGUAUAGAUACAAAAUCAGUCAAACGACAUAUUGAAAAUGGUUAUGAACGAAGACUUAAAUGUGAUGAUCUAUAUACAACACCAGAAUCAUCAAAACGACGUAAAUCAAGUUCUGGAGAAGAAGAUCAAACACCUCCAUCACGUGUUGUACCUACAAGUAGUACAGUUGAUGUUCCUGAUUCAACCACUCCAUUUACAGAUUCCUAUGAACAUCAAUUUCAUUCUUCUCAAACACAUUUUUAUGAUCCAAAUUUAUAUGCAUCGCCCUAUUCUCGAUUUACUCCAACAUAUCCAUUUACCUAUUCACCAAUGGGACCAACUUCUUCAACCAAUCCAUUCACAUUAGCAGCAGCUGCUGCAAGUCGUUAUUCAUCACCUUACACAUUUCCGUCACCAUACUAUCAACAUUCAACUUCAUAA